AUGGUGCGGAACCCGCUUCGCUUCUUUUUGAUUCUUUGCUUCUUCAGCAUCCUGUCCGGCGCAAGUUACAACCCCCUGACGACGUAUCAGAAAUUUAGAGCAAUUACAAACUAUGGAGACCUGGCCAUGUACGCCAAAAUAGUUAUGAAACUGAGCCGAAGGCAAUGCCUCAACAUCACAGCCGUUGGUGGGAGCGUGUCGAACGGGCAUUUCAACCAUACCAUGCUUCCCAAAGCAGUGUUGUGGCACCAGCGUGUUGGGCAGAUGCUUAACGAAGCAUUUCCCUGCGGCCCGAACGGCCAUCAGGUCACUGCUUUCGCAAAAGGUUCCAUAGUGACUCGCUAUUGGAUGGAUUACUUUGCUGGGCGGCAGGAGGAGCUGCUGUUUGGGUCGGACCUCGUUAUGAUAGAAACUGCCGCCAAUCAGCUCCUAGAACGUGAUGUUGCUAGCCGAGAAGAGGAGACGUUUCUGUCGAUGGUGCUUUUACAGUCCCGUCGCUUGGAUAUGGCAACUAAUAACAACCGCCAGCUAGACGAUUUGUCAGAAGCACAACUUGGUACCCAGAGGAAAUUCUCGGGCACAGCUGCCAUGUUUGUGAUCCCAUCCUCACGCUGCUAUUCUGGAUUCUGGUCCGGUGUGCCAUUCGAGCGCACAGGCGAUGCCAUGUACGCCCAGUUGCCGGUCGCCCAGCACCAUGGCGCGGCCAUCGUUUCAGUGCUGGAUGCAUUAGGGCCUUUCCCAACUCGGGUUUCCCAGGAGUACUUCAACGCCACGUGGUUUCCCGGCUGGCCCUGGGGCGACAAGAUCCAUCCCGAUGCAAAUGGCCAUCGCGUCGUCGCUGAGCUGAUCGUGAACUACAUCCAGACUAUCUACCAGCACGCUAACCAGUUCCGUGACCACCCACUGCCGAUGGAGUACGUGCCUCGAGAUCCUAUGUUCAUCGAUGUGAGAUCCAGAGACAUGUAUCUGGACUUGCAGCCCAUCUCACUGACGAGCUACCACUUCAACUUAAGGAAGGUCAAUAAUUCUCCCAUGGACAACGACAACUGCAAGGCGUGGCGAUUUUAUGCUGAUGUCCCAAAUAAGCCAGGCUUCAUUUCAACGACAACUAAUUCGUACUGUCAGUUGUAUCUUCCUCCGAAGGACGUCCAACGGCUAACGCUUGGGGAGGCUCAUGUGGAACUGCUGAAGUCGUACAUGCAUAUGGGCACCGUCGCCGUCACAAUUUUCAGAGGAGUGGCUGGACGCGACGGGACUUCUUGCGCAAGAGGCGAUUUACCGGAUUCCGUACUGGGAUCUCAUACGGUUGAUUGCUUGUGGUCUGAGCCGGUGUCUCUAGCAAAAAUCGAGGUGUUCAAAUUCCAGCUACCGCAGCCCCGGGAUGAUAGAACCUGCUUGAUCCUCGACUUCACCAUCCGAGCCACAAAUCGAGAGAGCAAUAAGAUCAAAGUUCUAGGAUUUUCCCUGUUUUAGACGAUUAACCAGCAGCACCGAAAACGCAAGCCAUUUUACGAGUAAUCGCAUCGCGAUAACGAGUACGUAUUUGUUCGUUCUACCUGAUAGGCAGUUGCGUGUCUUUGAGAGGCGUUACUAUUUCGCAGACGUAAGCGCAGUAAUAGACGGAGCUGAUGUUUGUCUUGCCAUCAUUGUUAAGUUGUGGACAUGUGGUGUGCGAUCGCGCGUGAUGACCCUAAAAUUAGCGCAGGAAUGCAGUUUGCAGUUGGUUCACUGAGGGGUAUUCAAUACUACGAGGGAAGUUCCCUCACUGAAGGCGACCCCCUCGCUGUCAUCACCUCUGGGCCUGUCCAGCGGCACAGGCAGUAACGGACCCACUAACUCUGUCAACAGGAUUGCCAGUG